AAAGAGGGAAAUGCUCUCCCUCUCUAUUUGUGACACGAAGAUACACUGAUAUGCCAGUUUUGGACUUCAAACGACGAUAACCAGUGGAAACAGCUCAGAUUAAUUGCAAUUUGCCGAUAUGUAUAGUUGCUUUCCAAUGUCCAGCAGCAGCAGCAGCUUUAGACCGUAAAAUAAAGAAGAAAAGCUCAGACAUUCAAUGUGAAUUGAAGGAGAAUAAGACUUGUACUCUUAGAUUUUCUUCAAAUUUAUGUUUUCUAUCGCUAUUCGAUCGCUCCUCGCAUGUAACUUGCAUAGCUGAUCAACUCCUUACUCAAAAUGCAGAGUUGAAAGAUUAUUUGACCAAAUCUGAAUAUACGGUGAUUGGAUUCAUGAGGAGACAGACAGGGGAAAGGUUUGAUUUUAAGCAGUGGUAUAGAAGUUGUAGAACAUUCAGGACAAAAGUCGAUUAAUAAUCUUUUUUUUCUUUGUUGUAAUAAUUUAGUUAAAUUUUGUAGCACCAAGUGAUGAAUUUAUGACAUUCAUGUUCUGCUUGCAAGAGUAAUUAUUGUGUGUAAAUUUUGCUUUGGAAAAUAUGGUGCCUUCAGGGCCUCCUGCUCCUGUUGGUGGUCCACAGUCUGUUCCUCCCUCCCUUUUGCGAUCAAAUUCUGGUCUCAUGGGUUCUCAAGGGGGUUCUCAAGCAGCUUUCCCAUCGCUUGUAUCUUCUCGUUCUUUGUUUAAUAAUGUUAAUUUGAUGGGCAAUGUGUCCAACGUCUCGUCUCUUCUUCAGCAGUCUUUUGCUAAUGCGGUUCCAGAUUCUGGAAUCUCUGGGUUGGAAAGCAGUCAGAGAGGAAUUAUGGAUACCGAAGCUGAGACUGAUCCACUUUCAAGUGUUGGGAAUGGAGUUGGAUUUAACCCUGGAUCGACAGGUCAAAUUCAAGGACACCAGUUUUCCAACCCUUCUGGCAAUCACAUAAUGCCGGAUCAACCACAAGCUCAACAGCCAGACCUGCAGACCUUUCAGCAUAAUCAACCACAAAUACAGCAGCAACAACAAUAUCAACAAAUUCGGAGAGGGUUAGGUGUACAAGGGCCGCUGAAGUUGGAAUCUCAGGUGAUAAAUGAUCAACAGGCUCAGCUUCCACAACAAUUGCACACUGUAAGGACUCUUGGUCCUGUUAAACUAGAACCUCAACAGGUCCAGGCGAUGAGAGGCUUUAGUUCAGUAAAGAUGGAGCCCCAGCAUUCAGAUCAGCCACUGUUUCUGCAUCAACAACAGCAACAACAACUUCUCCACAUGUCUCGACAGUCUCCCCAGGUAAAUGUUGCUGCUGCUCAGAUUUUGCACCAGCAGAGACUCUUGCAAAUGCAACAACAGCAACAACAGCUAGCUAUAAAGGGUAUUACCAUGCAAAGACCCCCUAUACAACCUCCUCAGUUUCAGCCGCAAAACAUGCCUUUGAGGUCCCAGUCCAAGCCAUCUUAUGAACCUGGGAUGUGUGCCAAGCGGUUGACACAUUUCAUGUAUCAACAACAACGCAAACCUGAGGAUAACAACAUUGAAUUUUGGAGAAAGUUUGUAGCUGAGUACUAUACACCUAAUGCGAAGAAGAAAUGGUGUGUUUCCAUGUAUGGAAGUGGCCGCCAGACAAAUGGAGUUUUCCCUCAGGACAUAUGGCAUUGCGAAAUAUGCAAACGCAAACCUGGACGGGGAUUCGAGGCUACUGCAGAGGUUCUCCCAAGGCUUUUCAAAAUCAAGUAUGAAAGUGGAACACUAGAAGAACUUCUUUAUGUCGAUAUGCCUCAGGAAUAUCAGAAUUCAUCUGGUCAAAUUGUACUGGAAUAUGCAAAAGCAGUACAGGAAAGUGUUUUUGAGCAACUUCAUGUUGUCCGAGAUGGCCAACUUCGCAUAGUUUUCUCUCCAGAGCUAAAGAUAUGCUCUUGGGAGUUUUGUGCCCGGCGACAUGAAGAGCUGAUUCCUAGGAAACUUCUAAUUCCUCAGGUAAGUCAACUUGGAGCUGCUGCUCAAAAAUAUCAGGUUGCAGCCCAAAAUGCAGCAUCAAACUUGUCAGUUCCGGAGCUACAAAGUAACUGCAACAUGUUUGUUACAUCAGCUCGUCAGUUGGCAAAAGCAUUGGAGGUUCCUCUAGUUAAUGACCUAGGAUAUACAAAAAGAUAUGUGCGGUGUCUCCAGAUAUCUGAAGUGGUUAACAGUAUGAAGGAUUUGAUUGACUAUAGCCGAGAAACACAGAUUGGACCUAUUGAGUGCUUGGCUAAGUUUCCGAGGAAGAGUAGUAGUACUAGUACAUCAGUAGGGCUCCAUAGUCAUAGUCAAGCUCAAAAUAAAGAGGAAGAGUUACAACAGACACAACAACAGCAACCUGUAUCUAAAAAUGCUAAUAAUGGAACAAGCAUAAUCCAAGUUGCUUCAAACGGUUCUUCAUCCUCCAGCACAAUCGCAGGCCUCCUCCAUCACAAUUCAACGACAAAACAUCAAAACCCAAUCAGUAAUUCAAACGGCUCCAUCCCCUAUGGAGCCAAUGCAGGCUCCGCCAAUAUCUCAAACCAAUCGCCUGCUGUAUCAGGCGAUUCCAUCAUGAACGAAUCUCAGAGCUCUGUGGAGAAAAUAUUUCACGACAUGAUGAUGUCUUCUCAGAUUGGGAACAACGGUGGUGGUAAUAAUAACAGUUUAAUGCCGAAAGGAAGUGGUAGGGGUGGUGGAAUCCGGGGGAGAGUAGGGGCGAUGUCCAUGACUCGAGAUCAAAGUCAGCAACAGGCUUUUGGUGACCAAAUAUUUAACGGAAUUGGGUCACUUAAUGGGUUUGGAAACCAUCAAUUUGAUUGGAAGUCUUCAUAAUAAUAAUCAGGAUUAGAAUGAUAAUGAAAAAAAAGAGGUUUAAGUGUUGAAUUAAAUUAUCUUUAUAUCCUCAGUUAUGCCAGUUUAUGAUAAUUAAUAUAAUAAUAAAAGUUAGUGAUGAGAAGGCCAGGCCAUAUGUUAGUGUAUAUAUACUAUUUGGUUGGAUUGGGAAAGGAAUAUGUUGUACAACUUCUUUAGGAUUUAUGAGAAUCUGGGUUAUAAAUGGUUAAGGUUUUUGUUUUGUUUUCAAA